AUGAAAGCGAGUCGGAAGGGCGACGACGAACGCGAAUCGAAAGCGAGAGAAGCGACGCCUGCGGUAUCCAAGAGGAAUCCGAACGAGUCGGGGAUCUGGGUUCCGACGAGCGGCUCUAGGUGGCUCCGGGUGCCACCGGGUGGCCGGUCUCGUCGAUGGGGAGACGACGGGGAUGAUCGAUGCCCCGCGAUCGGAGAUAUCCCGAGAUGGGACUCGGAGGAGGAGAAGGCCUCGCAGCUGAAGAAGGCCUCGCAGGCGAAGAGGAAACGAAGAGAUGAGCACGACGAGCGGCAGCGGGUCGGGGCUUCGACCCCCGUCCAAGAUCCCGACCAGCGUCGGUCCGGCACACGAUCUUCAGGAUUUCCAGAGUGA